UUCCGCCAUCACAAUCGUCAGUAAAAUCCCAAGUAAAUUAUCGUUCCAGAUUCCAAGAAUUUUACAAUGGAAGGAACCAAGGGUGCAGGAGGAAGAAAGGGCGGCGAUAGAACUAAGGUCUCCAAGUCCGUCAAAGCCGGACUCCAAUUCCCCGUCGGUAGAAUCGGUCGGUACCUUAAGAAAGGCCGAUACGCUAAGCGCACUGCCGCUGGUGCCCCGAUCUACCUUGCUGCCGUCCUCGAAUAUCUCGCUGCUGAGGUCUUGGAAUUGGCUGGGAAUGCAGCGCGUGAUAACAAGAAGAACAGGAUAAACCCCAGGCAUGUUCUUUUGGCUGUGAGGAACGAUGAGGAGCUUGGUAAAUUGCUUCAAGGAGUCACCAUUGCAAGCGGUGGAGUUCUCCCGAACAUCAAUCCGGUUCUGCUUCCCAAGAAGACAGCGUCGAAUUCCACUCCCACUGCUGAAAAGGCUCAGAAAUCACCAAAGAAGGCUUAAAUUAAGUAUAGAUUUCCGAGAAUGAUUUAAACUUUUUUUCUCUUUUGUAUAAAUUAGAAUUCUCCUUGAAUCCUUAGUUUCUUAGAUUAACCGAUGGUUUUGAUCUCUGGUUUGCGUAUGAUGUACGUAUCCAUUUCACAAUGUCUAAUGGAAAUCUUAUCGUUUACUGGUU